AUGUUGGAGAAAAAGUUUGCUAAUAAAGAUUUAGGAAUUGAAUUGUCUUCAUUUAUUGACAAACAACAAAAUAUUUGGUUUGUUGGUAAAGAUGUAGCUACUUUAUUGGGUUAUAGUAAUACUAAAAAAGCUAUAUGGAAACAUGUUGAUAGUGAGGAUAAAAAGCUGUUUUGUUGGGGUACCCAAAAUGGGUCCGGCAACAAAUCUGAUUUACGAGGAAAAUAUUAUACUUUCAUAAAUGAAUCUGGGUUUUACUCGCUUUUGUUAACCUCUAAAUUAGAAACAUCUAAAAAGUUCAAACAUUGGGUAACUUCAGAAGUCCUUCCUUCAAUAAGAAAAUAUGGAUUUUAUAAAAUGUUUGACAACCCAAAUAACAAAAUGUUUAAAAUAGAAAAUGAGACAGACCUUCACUACAAAGUAGUUCAACUAAUUAGAAAUUAUUAUCCAGAUUCUAUAUUAGUAGCUGGAUUGGGAGAGAAUCAAGAUACAGAGGAAAAAAGACUAGAUUCCUAUAAGAAAGGAUAUCAACGAGGCCAACCAGAUCUAAUGAUUCUAGAUUAUCACAGGGAAUAUAAAGGUCUCUGUAUCGAAUUCAAAUCACCAACUAACAAUUACUGCGUAUCAGAAUCUCAAAUAAAGAUGAAAGAGAAGUAUCGAAAUAACGAUUACGCAUUUAUUCUAAGUAAUGAUUACGAUAAGAUCAGCAAACUUAUCCAUAAGUAUAUGGCUGGUGUUCGUAUUCUUUGUAAAUACUGUCCAAAAGCAUUUCGUAACAAAAAAACGCUAAAUAAACAUUACAAGGUUAUUCAUAGAAUUGAGAAAAAUAUUUAA